ACGGUAAUCUUAUCAGCUGGCAGCAACUCUAGUGGCCUCCAUGAUGGAGUCCAAAGACAAGGGUGAACAGCGUGAAGAUGCUCUCCUCGACCCUGCCACCUUCCUUCCACCAAGUCCACUCCCAGCACCCACUGUCACGAUCGAGUUUUGUGACAGAUGCCGCUGGCUGCAUCGUGCGACAUGGGUAUCUACUGAGCUUCUCUUGACCUUCCCGCCCCCGACGCUGAAGGCUGUAACUGUGAUGCCAUUAAGUGCAGACGACACUGCUGGACGCUUCCGCAUCUGGCUCAAUGUCGAGGAUGGCCCGCCAAAAUUGAUGUGGGACAGGAAGGCCGAAGGUGGCUUCCCCGAACUCAAAGUUCUGAAACAGCGUAUCAGGGACUUCAUUCAGCCCGGAAUGUCUCUUGGCCAUUCAGACAAGAAAGCGUGAGGGAAUAAGGGGAUAUUAUGGCUGACAAUGAGAGUGGCCAAAGUGUAUUUUAGUCACGUAUCCCGGAAAGGUUGUACAUAAGGCUAGCAAAAGCUAUUUUCUUGGGUGC